AUGGAAGAUCGGAGUGUCAAAAUAUUACCAACUAUGUUGGUUACGAUCCUUCUUUUUCUCACUUCCAUGUUUAGCUCAACACGGGCUCGAGCUGUUAUUGAUCCAUUACCAAGUUCAUCCAGCACUAAAUCCAUUAUAAAGCAGGAAAGCAACUUGGUAACUUACAUUAUCUUCUUAAAGAAACCGGAAGAUAUGGUGUCUGCUGAACGCGAAGAACUGGAUAGCUGGUAUCAAUCAUUUUUACCAGCAGUUACCACCUCAAGCUCAAACCAACAGCGCUUGGUACAUUCCUACCACAACGUGGUCACGGGGUUUGCUGCAAAACUUACAGAGAAGGAAGCAAAGGCUAUGGAAAUGAAGGAAGGGCUCGUGUCAGCCCAUCCCCAGAAGGUUUUCCGUGUGAAGACAACUCAUACUCCUAGCUUCUUGGGUCUACAGCAAAAUUUAGGAUUUUGGAACCACUCCAAUUAUGGAAAAGGAGUGAUAAUUGGAGUCUUGGACAGUGGAAUAACACCAAGUCACCCUUCAUUUAGUGACGAAGGAAUGCCUCCUCCACCGGCAAAAUGGAAAGGGAAAUGUGAACUUAAUGGAACUCUAUGUAACAACAAGCUUAUUGGUGCGAGGAAUUUUUAUUCUGCAGGUAAACCCCCAGUUGAUGAUAAUGGACAUGGGACACACACAGCAAGCACUGCUGCUGGAAGUCGAGUACAGGGUGCUAGCUUUUAUGAUCAGCUCAAUGGAACUGCUGUUGGCAUAGCUUCCUCAGCUCACCUGGCAAUAUAUCAAGUUUGUGACGGGUUCGGUUCUUGUGAAGAAAGCAAUAUAUUAGCUGGAAUGGACACUGCAGUAGAGGAUGGCGCCGAUGUGCUCUCACUGUCCCUUGGUGGUGGAUCGCUACCAUUCUACGAGGAUUCAAUUGCAAUAGGUGCAUUUGGUGCAAUUCAAAAGGGCAUUUUUGUGAGUUGUGCUGCAGGGAAUGAAGGACCUUAUAAAGAAUCAUUAUCAAAUGAGGCCCCAUGGAUCCUCACUGUAGGAGCAAGUACCGUUGACAGAAGCAUAAGAGCAACGGUGUUGCUUGGAAACAAGGCGUCAUAUGAUGGGCAAUCCUUUUACCAGCCAACAAAUUUUUCUUCAACGUUGUUGCCACUUAUUUAUGCUGGUGCUAAUGGUAGUGAUACAGCAGCAUUCUGCGAUCCAGGGUCCUCGAAAGAUGUUGAUGUCAAGGGAAAGGUUGUGUUGUGUGAGAGUGGUGGAUUUUCAGAAUCAGUUGAUAAAGGCCAAGAAGUGAAGUAUGCUGGUGGUGCUGCAAUGAUUAUCAUGAAUGAUGAGCUUUCUGGCAACAUUACCACAGCCGAUUUCCAUGUAUUGCCGGCAUCAGAUGUUACUUAUGCUGAUGGCUUGAGUAUCAAAGCCUAUAUAAAGUCAACAUCAUCACCGAUGGCCACGAUACUUUUUAAAGGAACUGUUUUUGGGGUUCCGUAUGCCCCCCAGCUUGCUUACUUUUCCUCAAGAGGCCCAAGUUUGGAAAGUCCGGGGAUCUUGAAGCCAGACAUUAUAGGCCCUGGCGUUGACAUUCUAGCUGCAUGGCCAUAUGCUGUGGACAACCACAGGAAUACAAAAUCCACAUUUAAUAUGAUUUCAGGCACCUCAAUGGCUACUCCCCAUCUUAGUGGGAUUGCAGCAUUGCUUAAAAGCUCGCACCCUCACUGGUCACCUGCUGCCAUAAAAUCUGCAAUAAUGACUACUGCUAAUUUAACGAAUCUUGGAGGAACGCCAAUUACUGAUGAUAGCUUUGGUCCAGUUGAUGUGUUUGCCAUUGGUUCAGGCCAUGUGAAUCCAACAAAAGCAGAUGAUCCAGGGUUUGUUUAUGAUAUCCAACCCGACGAUUACAUUCCCUACUUAUGCGGUCUUGGCUACAAUAACACAGAGGUAGGAAUCAUCGUGCAGCGCCCUGUGACAUGCUCAAACAGUUCCAGCAUACCAGAAGCACAGCUAAACUAUCCUUCAUUUUCUAUAAAAUUGGGGUCAACUCCUCAGACUUACACAAGAACGGUAACAAAUGUUGGCCCUUUCAAAUCAUCUUACAUUGCUGAGAUCAUUGCACCACAAGGUGUUGAUGUUAAAGUAACACCCAAUGCAAUUCCAUUUGGCGGGGGGGAUCCAAAAGCAACCUAUUCAGUAACAUUUACUCGAACUGCCAACGUGAACUUGCCAUUUUCUCAGGGAUAUCUGAAUUGGGUUUCUGCUGAUCAUGUUGUUAGAAACCCAAUUGCAGUUACAUUUGAAUAG